AUGGAGUGGCAAGAUGGGGCUGCUAAAGUUGAAGAUGGUUGGAUAACGGUUAAAGGGAGAGGCAAUGCGGAGAAAGCGCAGGCGUUGUUUGUGUUUGGAGAGUCAUAUGCCGACACAGGAAAUCACGAUCGAUACAAUCAAAGCGUAAACCAGCCUUGGAGACGACCGUACGGUUUGACAUGGCCUGGCUAUCCUGCAGGGGAUAGUUUAGUACUUCCUGCUCCCACAGCUUAUGAGCUGCUGAAAAGUCAUGACUGUAAAUCAAAUGCGAAGAAGAUUAGACAAGGAGUGAAUUUUGCAGUGGAAGGCAGUGGAAUAUUUGAAGACUACGGUUUCAAAACUAUAGCACAACAGGUGAAGCAGUUUAAAGAGCUGAUAGGGGGAAGUCAGGAGUUCGAUUCUCACAAGCUCUCGCGGUCUUUAGUUCUUAUCUCUGCGGCUGUUAACGACUACCGUGCAUUCCUCGCUAGCAGAAACGGAUCCAUUGAGAACAUCCAUUAUUUCUCACUUUGUGAGUUUAUUACAGGACUGAAAGAUCUGGUGAAACCUGUAGUAAGCGGGACAAUCGACGCUGUGAAAGAACUGUAUAAAAGUGGGCUUAGGAAUUUUGUGGUGAGUAAUAUUGAUCCCUUUGGGUGCGCGCCUCAGAUCGGCAAAACAUCGUGUGACUCAAACUACGAUGAAAUUUUAGCUCUUCAUAUAGAAUUAUUGAAGGGGGCCAUAGAAAUCCUCAAAUCGGAUCUCAAGGAAUUGUCCAUCAUAAUUUCAGAUUUGGUGUCUGCAAUUAAUCAUAUCUUCUCCAGUCCUGCACAAUUUGGUUUUGUGGAUUUGUUCGGUCCUUGCUGUGCUGCAAAAGGUAGGGUUGAUAUGUGUGGAGAGGUGGAUCAAGUAGGAAGGGCUUUAUUUGAGGUGUGUUCAAACGUAGAUGAAAAGUUCUUCUGGGAUUCAGGCCAUCCAGCACAGAGAGGAUGUCAUGCGAUAAUGUGGCUGUACAGUAAUGGAGCAAAAGGGGAGAAUUGCAGUAUCAGUUUUAUUGAGGGGGCGCCAAACGUUAUUGAGUGGGUAGAGUCACUUGGUUUUGUGGCUUACAAUAUCUGA